AUGUCGCCCGGUGCUCUACAUGCUGGAUGCAGUGCGGGACACAUGGGCAGCAUGGACAAUGACUGCCACCAUGCUGUAUCCUCGCAUCUUUGGUUGGCGCUGCCGCGAGGGGCAAGGCGCUUCGAGGUACUGGAUGUCGGAUCAGCCCUCCCAGUCCAUGGUCCAAGCUUCCACCGCUACGCGGCCUUUCUGGGCUUCCAGGGGAUGAGUAGACUACGAUCUCCAACAUCCUUCGACGAGGAAGAGCCGUCGUUUUGGAAGGUCGAUUGUGACACAGGGCAAGUGAAGGGCUUCGAAUAUGGGACCCCUCCCCCGCCCCCACCGCCUCCCGAGCCCGUAGAGGGUGCGCCACUGCCACCACCGCCCCCGCCGCCGUUGCCAGGCUGUCUUCCUGGUGAGUCGCCAAUGUGCGAGCCAGAUGACGAUGCUCCUCAGUGUCAGCCACCGCCGCCUCCGCCGCCGGCGCCAAUAGCACCAGGUGAAGGUGGAGAAAGUGGAGAAAGUGGAGAAAGUGGAGAAAGCGGAGAAAGCAGAGAAGGAGUUGCAGCACCAGUUGCAGCACCAGUCGUUCCUCUGCCGCCUCUUCCGAGGGCAAAAUGCACUCCUGGUCAGGUGAUUCCGGAGCCUUCAGAGCCUUGCCAGAUUAAGCAAGGUCUUUGUUGCCACAAGUGCAAAACCAGGGCGGAUUGCAAACUUUGCCUCGAAUGGAAGGAGGUCUUGGGGCAGAUCCCGUCCGACAUCGACCGAAAGGGAUGGGCGCAGAACAUCUGCCCGCCACCCUCGCCGGACGAGGAUGACAAGGACUUGGACACGGAGUACUUGCUGCCUGAUGAGGAGUGA